AUGCAGCGUCCUCCAAUGACCAUUACAACCGCAUGUCUCUUUGAAACCUUAAAUACAAAGGGAACCAAUAGACCAGCAAAGAAGGAGCUAAAUCAGGCAUCCAGAUGGACAGGUCCCACCCAGGAUUUGAACCCUGGCCUCCCCAUCCAUAAACCAGUCACCUUACGCGCUAUGCCACAGGACCUACUCUGUAUGGAGAAGCCUCCAGAUGACCAUUACAACCAAUGGCUCAGCAAAGAAGGAGCUAAAGCAUGCAUCCAAGAGGAAAGGUCUCAUCCAGGAUUUGAACCCAGGACUCCCAGACUAUAA